ACCCCACAAAUCAAAUCCAAGUGGCCUCCUCUCCAAAAAAACGACCCUUUUAGUGUGCCUUUCCCUCUUCAAUGGCUUCCCUUUCCCGGCAAAAAAGUUGCCGUCUUUCCUCUUUUCCCCCCACUUCACAAUGAACUGUUCUUCUUCUUGUAACUUCUUCUCUCUGUUUCUCCUCCCAAUCAAAACCCCAAUUCAUAAAAGAACGAAAAGCUUCUAACUUUCAAUUUUUCCUUCUGUCCCUGAAAAUGCCGCCGUCGAAUUUCUCCCUCCGGUGGGAGAGCACCGGCGACCAGUGGUGGUACGCGUCCCCGAUCGACUUCGCCGCCGCCGAAGGCCACUACGACCUGGUUAGGGAGCUUCUCCACUUGGACAACAACCUCCUCAUCAAGCUCACCUCCCUCCGCCGCAUCCGCCGCCUCGAGACCGUUUGGGACGACGACGACGAGAAGAAGCCCGACUCCAGAGGAGAUGUCGCCAAGUGUCGCGCCCACGUCGCCCGCAUGCUCUACACGGAGUGCGAGGUCUCCCCUGGCUACAACACCCUCGUAAGAGCUCGGUACGGCGGGUGGCUGCUCUACACGGCCGCCUCCGCCGGCGAUUUGAAAUUCGUCGACGAAUUGCUGGACAGAGACCCGUUUCUAGUGUUCGGCGAGGGAGAGUACGGCGUCACGGACAUGUUCUACGCCGCCGCGAGGGGCGGGAACUCCGAGGUUUUCAGGGUUUUGCUCCGGUGCUCUGUUUCGCCGACGGGGAAACAGGGGAACGAUGAAGAGGUGGAGAAUCAAAAAGGGGACAAGGAAUUCGAGAUGGAGAUUGUGAAUCGUGUGGUUCAUUCUGCUGCCAGAGGUGGGAAUCUGGAGAUUUUGAGGGAAUUGAUUAAGGAUUGCGGCGAUGUUUUGAGUUAUCGUGAUGAACAGGGUUCCUCUGUUUUGCAUUCUGCAGCUGGAAGAGGCCAAGUUGAGGUGGUGAAGGAGCUCAUAGCGUCCUAUCACAUCAUAACUUCCACAGACCACAACGGCAACUCGGCCCUCCACGUAGCGGCUUAUCGAGGCCACUUACCGGUUGUCGAGGCGCUAAUCGAAGAAUGUCCAUCACUAACCUCACUCACAAACAUCCAUGGCGACACAUUCCUCCACAUGGCCGUUUCGGGGUUCAGGACGCCCGGUUUUCGGAGAAUGGACAAGCAGAUUGAGCUCAUGGAGAAGCUAAUCUCCGCUGGUGGGAUUGUGAACAUCCAAGAGGUCAUCAAUGUGAAGAACAACGAUGGAAGGACGCCUCUCCACAUUGCUGUGUUUGAAAAUAUCCAAUCUAGCCUAGUCGAGCUUCUCAUGACCGUCCCCUCGAUCAAUUUGAAUGUUAAAGACGCGGAUGGCAUGACACCACUCGAUCUCCUGAGGGAAAUUAGGCCGAGAUCAGCUGCUUCGGAGAUCCUGAUCAAGCAGCUGGUCUCGGCUGGAGGUGUCUCCAGCAAGAGACACAAUAUCACCGCUAUUGCCUCUCAGUUGAGAGACAUAGGGAUGAGCCCAGGUACGAGUUUUCGGAUCCCGGAUGGUGAGAUCUUCCUCUUCCUCCACACAGGUGUGGAGCAUGCAGCGGCGUCUGAUUUCAGCCGCGAGCUGGGAACCAGCGCGGAUUAUAGUUCAGCAUUGAGUCAACAAGAUGCAAGUGUAGAUGACUUGGAGAAGAGGGCAAGUAGUACUAGGCCAGGAAACAAGGUGAGUUCUGCUGCAAAGCGGCUGAAGGCACUCCUCCAAUUGCCAAAGAAGAAGAAAGCAAAAGAUCAGAAAGACCCUACCGUGGUGGCCAAGUUAACAGACGAUGAGGCGUCUUCCAUCGACUCCUUUCAUCUCUGCAGAAGCUACGAGGAGUGUCCAACUCCGUUGAGGAAGAAAUACUCGAAGCUCGCCUCGUUCAAUGGUAAUGGGAAUCUUCCGAGUCCUUUGACAAGGAGCAGAUUUGCAGCAGGGUUGAUGCACGGAGUUAUAAAUGCGAGGCCACAUUUCUCUGAUCAGUCGACUCCUCAGAGUCCUUUUUCAGCUGUGUCUUCAUCCGCGUGCUCACCAGCUUCUUUGAAUCGAGAUAAAAACCUGGUUCGCAAGCAAGGUUCGUUCAAUGCGAAGCUGAUGAACCAGUACUUGUCUUUCGGGGCACAAGGGUUGGGAGUCGAUGGUGGCGAUUCGGUUAAUCGUAAACCAGGAUACGAGGAUUACACCCACCGGCGGCCUACUUCUUUAGCAGCUUGA